AUGACGACGUCCCCCUGGCUCGAUGACAUCAUGCACGCCUGCCUCCCGUCCUCCCCGGUUUCCGCCGCCGCCUUCCUCUCCGCCGCCAUCUCCGACGACGGCGGCGGCGAGGACCGCAUCAGCGCCCUCUCCGACGACCUCCUCUGCAACGUCGUCUCCCGCCUGCCCGUCAAGGACGCCGCCCGCACCGACGCGCUCUCCCAGCGCUGGCGCGGCCUCUGGCGCGGCACCCAUCUCGUCCUCGACGACAGCCAUCUCCUCCCCGACGGCCGCCCCAUGGACUGGAGCGCCCCCGCCGCCGCGGUGUCCCGCAUCCUCGCCUCUCACCCAGGCCCCUUCCGCUGCGUCCGCCUCGCCAACAACCUCAUCGACGCAUCCAAGGAGGACGCGCUCGCGGAGUGGCUCCGCCUCCUCGCCGACAAGGGCGUCGAGGACCUCACCCUCGUCAACCGCCCCUUGUCCUUCGACGUGCCCGUGCAGCUACCCCCAUCCCUCCUCCGCUGCGGCGCCUCGCUCCGCCGCCUCUACCUCGGCGUCUGGCUCUUCCCCUUCACCACCGGCCUCCCGCGCAGCCCCGACGUCUUUCCCCACCUCCAGGAGCUCGGCAUCUGCCACGGCAUCACGGAGGAGCGCGACCUGGAGUACGUGCUCGCGUGCAGCCCCAAGCUGGAAACUUUGGCGCUCAUCUCCAACUACUGCUACCCCGACCGCGUCCGCAUCGGCAGCCACAGCCUCCGCUGCCUGCUGCUCUGGCAUUCAUUGGCGGACGAGGUCGCCGUCAUGGCCGCCGCGCGCUUGCAGCGUCUCAUCAUCUACUGCACGCACCCCGCCGAGGCCGGAUGGAAAAUCAACGUCAAGAUAGGCUAUGCUCCUGAGCUCGCCGUGCUCGGCUACUUGGACACGGCCACCCAUGUGCUUCAGAUCGGCAACACCAUCAUCAAGGCUGGGGUGACAAAUGUGAGCCCAAAUGCAGUGGUUCCAAGCGUCAAGGUGUUAGCUUUGAAGGUGCGUUUCAGAGUCUCUGAGGAAGUGAGAACUUUGCUGACUUUCUUGAGAUGCUUCCCUGAAGUAGAGACCUUACACGUUAUGGCUUCCGACAAUGACACUGACUACUAUGAUGACCCGGGUGAAGUCAAGGCUGGGGACAAGAUCAAUUCUACAUUCUGGCAGGGUGUCGGUCCGAUCAAAUGCGUGGAGUCGCAUGUCAAGAAGGUGGUGUUCGAUCAGUUCAACGGCGGGACAAACCAGGUUGGGUUCCUGAAGCUGGUCCUUGGGAGAGCGGUGUUGCUGCAGAAGGUGAUAAUUGUGUUGGCUGGUCCGGAUCCUAUCAUGGUGAGUGAGGUCAAGCGCAAACUGCAGCCGUUGGCUUCCAAGAGAAUGUGGGCCACUGAGGUGUUGGACACAACUUCCUUGGAGGUCCGAGGACGUGCAAGUGGUCAUGUUUGGAGGUACAGCAGAGCAUCUGAUCUUUCUAUCAGCGACCCAUUCCUCUCUUAAGGCACCGAGAGAGCAUUUGUUAGCACUUAGCAGCUAGAGAGCAUCAUCGUUUGAGUUUUGAGUGACCUAUUUAUUUGUCAAGGCAGUGAUGGAGCGUUCAUUAGCUGCUGCUAGAGCAUUAUUUUGAACGACUCAUUUUUUUGUCAAGGGAAGUGAUGCAGUGUUAGUCAGCAGUGUUUUUGAGUGUUGGAAAUUUGGGGUUUAGCAACAGAGGGUUAUGCAAAAGACUUCUCAAUUUUUCAUGACUUCGAUAUACUGUUACCUGCAUCUGCAUGUAAUGUGAUUUACGUAGCUUUACUGUGGUUGUGACCUGCUCAUGUUGUUAUCUGAAUGAUAACUAUUAUUUCUGCAUUCUAUGUGGUUUC